AUGUACUCUGAUGCCGCAGUUAUGAGCACGUUUGAGCGUGAUGCUGUUUGCGUGACAGCUGAUUGUGAGUAGCCAGCUUGUCGUAAGCAAAGUGUGAGAGAAUGGAGUUUGUGGUAGCCUGUCACUGGCCUGUGUACGCCUACCUCUCCCCUUAAAAAAGGCACAAUGGCUGGGAUUUGGGAGGGGAUGGUAUUAGAACACUAGUGCUGAAAUAUCUUGAUGACAAUUUGUAUUUCCUGUUUGAACACAUCGGUAUACUGUAAAUUAGGGGCAGCUAGUAGGGACGUCUGCAUUUUCUGAAGGGGGCCAUAAAUGGCCUUUUCUUUUCCGAAUCCCGCUACUAUUUUUAUUUCAUCCUUUUCUUUUCUUUUUCUUGGUCUUAUUUGGUGUGCUGAUAAUUGCCAAAAGUCCACAUUCGGAUGAUUGACCUUUGAACAGCUUCAUCUGAACUUGCGUCACCGACGGGAUCAAACAGAAAAUCUCACUUGUGAACAGAAUACGUCUAAUUAACGCUUUUCACACUAGCGUUUUCUUUGGGGAUAAUUUUCUCUCAUUUAUAAACAUAUAAAUACUUUUCAAUGUCUCUGAAGACGCAAGGCUCAUAACUCGAGCCAACGUAUAAUCCUUCAUAAGUGCGUUCUAUCCAAUGAAACGGAACAUACACCAGUCACGGGCACCCAACGAGGAGAUAAUUCAAAACCACUUAACAUAGCAUUGUUGAACUUAUUUUAGUAUCCAAACGGUAGAUAUUGGCAUAUUUUUAUCUCCUAAAAACUUUUCAUCUGUUCGGAUUUCCUAGCUGAAAGUCUAGUGAUCCGAAAAUUAUAGGGAUAAAAACUUACCUUCUCGAAAAUUUCAGCCAGGAAAAGGCUCCCGAAAAUUCUAGGUGGCCUUUUUUAGGGUCAAAAUCCGUUAAAAAUGGGUAGUUAUACCAUUUUGUAGAUGUUCGAAAAUCCUAGGAGAGGCAGGCAAGCAAGAAAUUUUACAACAAAUGCUCCGAAAAUUCUAGUUCUCAAAUCGUCUUCCGAACAGAUAUUUUCCCGAAAAUUGCCGUUGGGUGCCGCUGACCAGUCACGCCGUCCCAUGUUUUUCAUCCCGCAUUUUGUUUUUCAAUUUUUCUCACAUCCUGUUCAACAUCCUGCCUUGAUUUUUAAGCCUCAUCCUGCAUCUCGCCGUAGCUCUGUUUUAACCUAUUUAAAGUAGUGCAUUUAAGUCAAAAUUUAGUAAAGCUCGACAAAGUCACAUGUCAAGCAUUCUUUGCUCUACCGACUAUCCAAACAGAGUUUGUUUCCCACGUAAGCACUGAUUUAUUUGCUUAUUUGUUAGUUUCUUUAAAUUAUGUCGACAACUAAUCCUAUCAUCUUGGCUUUCAAAAACCCCCGUUAAGUCACCUCAUAUAUAUUAGUGGCCUGUUUUAGGCGUUCAGAUAAUUGGAUGCGACGCGAAGUUAAGAAAGUGGGAAAAAGUAGAGGUGGACUGAGGAGAGCUCUAGAUUCACCUGUCCAAAGGUAUAGGCGGGGGUUUUAACUGACUUAAACAGCAUAAAUAAAGAUUUUUUUUGUUCGAAUAAAAUGUUAGAAGGUUCUGAAUUCACAGCAAAUAUUCUCUUUGAAUUCGUAGCUCUUGCUUUUAUCAGACUCUUCAACUGCGAAAUUAAGUUGUUAAACGCAUAGCUUUCCACUUUAACUAUUUAUCACGUGAUCCCUCACGUGCAAUAGGUGAUCGAAGAUCGCUGGUAUAUAUAUUAAACGGUAGGUCGUUUGACGCCGUCUCUGUUCGGUUCAGGUUGUCUCCUUCCAACAAAGAAUUUAAUUUGGAGGUUACAAAUCGUGACUUUGUUGCUUUUGUUUAGAUUCUCUUCGAAAAGACGGCAAGAUCGGUGUCCUGAACAGUGAAAGGCUCAAAACAGAAACUGGUGAAGGAAAGAGCAUAACAGGAUAUGUCUACAUGCCCGACCCUAACGAACCAGGGAAGUUGAUAGUACACUUGGAAGGAACUCCUUUUGACGCUCCUUGUAAGUAGAAAUAAAUAUGCGUCUUAUAUUAACAGCCUAUCGAUAUCUAACUUGGAAACGAGCAUACGGCUCCAAAGGUUUUUUGGAGUUUGACUUUUCAAGAAAGCGUGAGAAAUCAGUUGCCAACUCUUGAGAGCGCGAGUUAGGUCGUGAAGUCGCAAGACUGUGGUUAGUCUGGGGAAGUAACAUUUUGUUUUUCGUUCCCAACCGACGUAGCACCAACUUUCUCCUAACAAUAUCCAUGAUCAUGAGAAAUAGUUACCGGAAUUAGAAAAAUAGAGACCUUUAGAUUCAAGAACGAGGACGACUACGAGUACGAGAUUUGACUUAAAGUUUUUUUCGCGUCUUCUCAAACUAUAGGCUCCCCGGAAAGCUUCAUUUUACCAUUUUUCACCAGAAAAGUUAGCUCUGUUACCUUUAGUGAAGGAGGUUACACCCUCUUCCGAUCGCAAAAUGAUGAAACUUUUAACAUUUGAUAACUUGUUUUCCCCACUUUGACAAUCCGCUAAAUCUCGUAGUAAAGUGACGACGGCUACCAAGUUUUCCCGCCAAAAUGACGUUGGUUCACGCGCGAGCACUACUUAGUACUGAGAUAAUCUCGUACUCGUCUUAGAAUCUAAAGGUCUCUAAUGAUCACUAAAGGGGCAAUGCUCUGAUCCUUAUCAAGUUCCCUCAGCUAAUUCUUUAAGGAAAUGAAGGGAGAUCAGUCUGGAGAAUUUUUUGUUGUUACCGGGAUUUACAUUCGAAUUAAGGGUAUCGUAAUGUAUGUAUAAUGUGUAGUUAGAACUAUGUGACUUUCAAGGAAAAUCAACGGACUAGAAUUUUACAGGGUUCACAAACUGUUGGUAAGGCAAGAAAGCAAAGCAAUGCCCUUGCCUCCACGAUGCACUGCUUAUGGCAGUCAGUAUCAGUACGUACAGGUAGUCCCGACGUACGUACAGGAAGCCCAGACGUACAUGUACUGUAUGCAAUUCCAAUAACUAAUAAUACAGUAUAGACUGGAAAAAAACAGUAUCGGAGCUAGAGUCGUACAUAUUAGACUGAAGAAGAAUAAAAAAUAUGUAAUAGUUCAAAUAAAUACACUUUAUCUUUUUUAUCGGUUUUAUCUUUACCCUGCUUAAGUUUCAACUGACAUUUCCUCUGUUUUUCCUCGAAUUAGACUCUCAGUUUGGUGCCGCUAAAAAAUAUCUGAAUAUCUCCUUGCUUUUCCUGGCCUUUCCUGCUUUUCCUCUCAUUUUAUGUCGAGUUUCGCACUUGGGUAGACGCUACCUAAAAAUCUACCGCCAAAAUUACAAUACAAUGAUAUAAUGGUAAAGUUGUAUCAGAUUUGAGUGUUACAUAUUCGUUGAAUCUUCUUCAGCCGAAUAAGGUCAUCUCCAGCUCCGAUUCUCUUUUGCGAUUUAUAAUGUAUUAUCAUAAUUAAAUGUUAAAUGUUAAUGUUAGUAGUAUUAUUACUUCUACUACUACUACUACUACUACAACUACUACUACCACCACCACCACCACCACCACCACCAAUACUACUACUACUACUACUACUACUACUACUACUACUGCUGCUGCUGCUACUGCUACUGCUACUGCUACUGCUACUGCUACUGCUACUGCUACUGCUACUGCUACUGCUACUGCUACUGCUACUGCUACUACUACUGCUACUGCUACAUUUUGGAAUUGUUUAAAUUCGAUGAGCGACACUUUCAACGAAAAUGUUACUGCCCCAAUCUCGGAAGAAUCAUGGCUUCACCAUUUCAAAUCUCUGCAUUCUAUUGACCCGACGAAUUCCACGCAUGAACAUGAAAUCCAUAGGGAACUAAAUUCUUUAGAACACGAAAAGGAACAGUUUAACCAUCUCGAUUAUGAGAUAACUGAGAGGGAAAUACGUCAAGCGGCGAAGAAAUUGAAAAAUAAGAAAUCACCAUUUGUUGACAGAAUACGAAAUGAAAUGAUCAAAGCAAGCCUCGAACCACUAAUGCCUGUCUAUGUCAAACUUUUUAACCUCAUUUUACAAUCCGGAAAAAUGCCAGAUGUUUGGUGUCAAGGCCUCAUAACCCCAAUUUACAAAUCUGGUGACAAGAGUGAUCCAACAAAUUACAGAGGCAUAUGUGUUUCUAGUUGCCUUGGAAAACUGUUCUGUUCUAUUUUAAAUCGAAGACUUCACUUGUAUUUUGAGGAAAAUAAGAUAUUACAAAAUUCCCAAAUUGGCUUUUUGCCUGAAAACCGCACUGCAGACCAUGUUUUCACUCUAAGGACCCUAAUAGAUAAAUAUGUGCAUUAUCACAAGGAAAAAGUCUACGCUUGUUUCGUAGAUUUCCGUAAAGCGUUUGACUCUGUUUGGCACGAAGGAUUGUUUUAUAAGCUGCUAAAAACGAAUAUAGGAGGAAACUUGUACAACCUCAUGAAAAGUCUUUAUUGCAACUCGACAUGUUCCAUCAAAAUCGGUGAAAACAAAACACAGCCUUUUUCAGAUUCCAGAGGUGUACGUCAAGGCUGUAUUUUAAGCCCUCUUUUAUUUAACCUCUAUUUAAACAAUCUACCACUUUUAUUCGAAAACACCUUAUCUGACCCAUUUGUUCUCCCAAAUGGGAAAAAAAUGAAUUCACUUUUCUACGCAGAUGAUUUACUUAUUCUAUCAAGAUCGAAAACUGGAUUACAGAACUGUUUAAAUGCGCUUUCUUUGUAUUGUGACAAAUGGAAGCUAAAAAUUAAUCCGAAGAAAACAAAAAUUAUGAUAUUCCAGAAACGCCCAAAAAAAUCUAUUGACAUCAAAUUCAACAUAGGCAGUCAGUCAAUUGAAAUUGUCCAAGAAUACACUUAUUUAGGUACACGUUUAACUCCAACGGGAAACUUUACACUUGCACUCGAACACUUAAAAGAAAAGGCCCUUCACGCGUUUUCUAGUAUUCGGAAGCGGACAAUUCUUAACAAACUUAAUCCUAAUACUGCAUCCCAAAUUUUUGACACCAUGGUAUUCCCAAUCUUGAGUUACAACAGCGAGGUAUGGGGAAUGUACACCAAGCAAGAUUUUAAAAAAUGGGAUAGCUCCCCAAUAGAAAAAAUCCACCUCAAAUUCUGUAAACGUUACUUAGAGGUUAACAAUAAGGCCUCUAACAUAGCCUGCAGAGCUGAACUUGAUAGACUGCCGCUGCUUAUCCCGAUAAAUCAGAAAAUUAUGAAAUAUUUUGUUUACCUCAACGACAAAGAUAAUGACUCUAUAGUCAAACAGUCUUUCCUUAUGUCAAAGAAUCUACAUUCUAUGAAUAAUUCCGGAUAUUUUUCCAAUUUCAUAAACAUGCUUGAACAAUACAAUCUAACCAGUUUAGAUGCUGAAUCUCUAGAUAAUGAUAAAAUUAGACGAUAUACCACAGAAAUGAGAGAGAAAUAUCUAUCUUUUUGGCGGCACAGCCUCGAAAAUUCAAAAAAACUAGAAUUUUAUAAAACUUUUAAAGAUGAAUAUUCUACAUCUGAUUAUCUCUACCAGCUAAGACAUUAUGACGAACGACAGAAUUUUGUUAAAUUUAAAAUAAGUAAUCACAAACUUAUGAUUGAACAUGGUCGAUACCAAAUCGAUCAUUUGCCAAGAGAAAAUAGAUUAUGUCCUUUAUGUAACUCAAAUCAGGUAGAAGAUGAGAUUCAUUUCCUCUUUCAAUGUAACAACUACUCAGUACAGAGACAGGCAUUUAUUAAUCAAAUCAAUCGAAUAAUACCUGACUUUGACAAGAAAUCAUCUCCAGAAAGCAUAAAACUGAUAAUGAAUUCGAAGGAACAUCAUGUAAAUAAGUUAGUUAUGAAGUUUGUUUCCUCCUGCAUGAAAAUACGUGAUUCAUUGUUAGUAAUGUAACCGAAUUUUUCUAGAUUAUUAUUAGUGCUGUUUUGUUUUAUAUUUUGAUUGUCAUAUACAUGCUUUUGCAAUACUGUAAAAUGAUGCGGUCAUGCAAAUAAAGCAAUUUAUUACUACUAUUACUAUUACUACUACUACUGCUACUGCUACUGCUACUGCUACUGCUACUACUACUACUACUACUACUACUACUACGACGACGACGACGACGACGACGACGACUACUACUACUACUACUACUACUAUUGUGUACAGUAUGUCUGGGCUGCCUGUGCAGUCACACGUUGGUAUUACAAUUUGUCUCGGACAUUCUUUUCUCUCCACAGACUGGAUUGUUAAGCUGGGGCCUGCAUCGUUCGGCGAGCAAAAUGAGUAUCAGUACGCUGUCGUCACAGACAACAUGCAGAUCCAGUUGUACGUGCUGGCGAGGGAUGUCAACAACUUCAGAAGCCAGUAUGAUAAAGAAGUAUUAAGCUGGCUGGCAGAAAAUGGCUUCACGAGGAUUUACAACAAGCCUGUAGCAACUGUACAGGACGAGAAAUGUCUCUACCCAGACAAAAAGUCUCUUUAUCAGUCGCUCGGAGAAUUUCUGGAACAGAAGUAGAUCGCAGCGGUUCCUACAGAACGGAGAGGACUAGCGGAUACCAAGUGACGCUUGAAUUCCAAAACGUAGAACGCAAAAAACGAAAAUACAAGGUGUCUAAAUCAAGCAGACAGUUUUGACAUUUAAAUAUUUGAUGAAAGUGAUUCUCGCUUAAGGAAACAA